AUGCGGGAUUUGUUGCGUUUUGUGGACCCUAAUAGUGAAAUGAAGACGUUUGGUGGUAAAACAGAUGUUCUGGGUGGAGAUUUCCGCCAAAUUCUUCCAGUAGUUCCAAAAGGUACACGGCAAGACAUUGUUUCUUCCGCCAUAAAUUCAUCAUAUCUAUGGGAUAGUUGCAAAGUUUUAAGGUUGACUAAAAACCUCAGAACAAGUUCGGUACACAACGGUGUGAACCGGCAGGCAUUACAAGAGUUUGCUAACUGGAUUGCCAAUAUCGGCGAUGGAAAGCUGGGUGGGCGGAAUGACGGAUUCGCAGAGGUUGAAAUGCCUAAUCACAUGUCAUACUAUAGUUCAGACGCAGUAUGCAAAGUCGACGGCGAUAAUGGUAUACUUGGAGAUGUACACACACCGGAAUUUCUAAAUAGCAUUUGCGUGUCGGGUCUACCAAAUCAUACACUGAAUUUGAAAACCGGCUCACCAGUAAUGUUAAUGAGAAAUAUUGACCAUUCUCUUGGGUUGUGCAAUGGAACUCGGUUGAUAAUCACAAAGUUAGCAGACCAUGUUAUUGAAGGCGAGCUUCUCAUUGGUCCCAACAAAGGUACAAAAGUAUUAAUCCCCCGAAUGUCAAUGUCACCCUUGGAUCCAAAAUUGCCAUUCAAGUUUCAACGAAGGCAAUUCCCAUUGAUGCUUUCAUAUGCGAUGACCAUAAACAAAAGUCAAGGCCAAACGGUGACUCAUGUAGGUUUAAUACUAAAGAAACCAGUUUUUGUACACGGUCAGUUGUACGUAGCUGCAUCUCAGGUUAAUAAUCCAAACGGUCUCAAAAUAUUGAUUGUAAAAGACUCAAGUUCAACUACUACAUCAACCACUAAUGUUGUAUAUCAUGAAGUUUUCAAUCAUUUGUAA